GCCGUCGGCUCCGCCACGGCCCCCUCAGACGCGGCCAUCUUGCCGGGGGGGCGGCAGCGGGGCCCCCGGGGCCGGUGGCAGCCGUUGAGGAGGAAGGGGUCGGACCGCCGGAAGUGGAAGGGGCCCACAAGGGCCGGCCAUAUCGCCCGCAGGCCCUCGGCCCCUGAGCCAACAAAAGGACCACCCUCGCCGGACCCCCUGCAAUGGACAGUGAAUUUUCCGACCAAGAGAUGGUGGCACUCGGGGAAGAGGCCAAGUCGGAGAAUGGAGAGAAUGCCCCCAUCUACUGCAUCUGCCGCAAGCCAGACAUUAACUGCUUCAUGAUCGGCUGUGACAACUGCAACGAAUGGUUCCACGGUGACUGCAUCAACAUCACGGAGAAGAUGGCCAAGGCCAUCCGGGAGUGGUACUGCCUGCAGUGCCGAGAGAAGGACCCAAACUUGGAAAUCAAGUACCGGCACAAAAAGGCCAAGGAGAAGGAGAGGGAAAGCGAACGGGACCGGGAGGAGUGCAGGAAGAAGGCGGCUCAGGAACUGGCUCUAGAGCAAAGGCGGGCAGGAACCAAGGGCUUCGUCACUUCCCCCAAACCUGGGCGGGAUGGCAGUAACCAGCAGCAGCAGAUCAAAAGGUCGGCCCGCAUGUGCGGGGAGUGCGAGGCGUGUCGCCGCACUGAGGACUGCGGCCAUUGUGACUUCUGCCGAGACAUGAAGAAAUUCGGGGGCCCCAAUAAGAUCCGCCAGAAGUGUCGCCUGCGCCAGUGCCAGCUCCGGGCCAGGGAAUCCUAUAAAUACUUCCCUGCAGCGAAGAUGCUGCGAGUUCGGGAGGAUGAGCUACAGAUGCUGAAAGAGCAGUCGGAGACGGCCGCCACCCCGGAGCCUCUGUCCGACGACGAUCUGCCCCUGGACCCCGACCUCUACCAGGAUUUCUGCGCUGGAGCCUUUGACGACCAGAAUCUACCCUGGCUGAGCGACCCCGAGGACGCCCCCUUCCUGGAUCCCGUGCUGCGGAAGCGAGCGGUGAAAGUGAAGCACGUCAAGCGGCGGGAGAAGAAGUCUGACAAGAAAAAAGAAGAGAAGUACAAGCGGCACCGACAGAAGCAGAAGCACAAAGACAAAUGGAAACACCCCGAGAGGGCAGACCCCAAGGAUCCCACUUCCCUGCCUCAGUGCCUGGGCCCUAGCUGCAUCCAGCCCGCUCAGCCGGGCUCCAAGUAUUGCUCCGAUGACUGUGGCAUGAAGCUCGCUGCCAACCGCAUCUACGAGAUCCUGCCCCAGCGUAUCCAGCAGUGGCAGCAGAGCCCGUGCAUUGCCGAGGAGCACGGCAAGAAGCUGCUGGAGCGGAUCCGCCGGGAGCAGCAGGGGGCCCGGACCCGGCUGCAGGACAUGGAGCGCCGCUUCCAUGAGCUGGAGGCGGUCAUCCUGCGGGCCAAGCAGCAGGCCGUGCGCGAAGAUGAAGAGACUGUCGAGGGAGACAGUGAGGACACUGAUCUACAGAUUUUCUGCGUCUCCUGUGGCCACCCCAUCAACCCCAAAGUGGCCCUGCGCCACAUGGAGCGCUGCUAUGCCAAGUACGAGAGUCAGACAUCCUUCGGCUCCAUGUACCCAACCCGUAUUGAGGGGGCAACCCGGCUCUUCUGCGAUGUUUACAACCCCCAGAGUAAGACCUACUGCAAACGACUGCAGGUCCUCUGCCCUGAGCACUCUCGUGACCCCAAGGUGCCUGCGGACGAGGUCUGUGGCUGCCCGCUGGUGAGGGACGUCUUUGAGCUGACCGGAGACUUUUGCCGGGUGCCCAAGAGGCAGUGCAAUCGGCAUUACUGCUGGGAAAAGCUUCGCCGGGCAGAAGUGGACCUGGAGCGCGUGCGCGUGUGGUAUAAGCUGGACGAGCUGUUCGAGCAGGAGCGCAACGUGCGGAUGGCAAUGACCAAUCGAGCCGGCCUGCUGGCCCUGAUGUUGCACCAGACCAUCCAGCAUGACCCACUGACCACAGAUCUCCGCACCAGCACUGACCGCUGAGCCACACUACCUCUGCCUGUACACUGGACCUCAGGCUGGAGGGCAACGCUCCCUGCUUCCUUCCUCCUCCGCUGCUUCCAGUUUUUUAAACACAGAUUUCCCCGGGCGUCGCUCCUCACUCGAAGCCCCCGAGUGCUCCAGGAAAGCUCCCGUCAGCCCCAGCCUCCCGCACAUCCCUGGUCAGCGUGGGAAGAGGAUAUCGCCAGCUCCGUCCGCGGGCCCGGGGUCCGGGACGGAAGCCUGGGAAGGGAAGGAGGGAGCUGAACUGCGGCAUUCCCUCGCUUUCUCGUUCCCUCUUUUUAACUCCAAGACAUUAGGAGCUGGGGAACUGGGGAGAACCUAGGGCCGGGGAAGCCGAGGAACUGAGGAACCCGGGGCCUUUAUUAUUAAUAAAAUUUCUUUUGACAAAAGAGCUGUGUUCCUACGGUGGGAAUCGAUGCUUGUGGAGAGAAUUGGCCAUUUCACCCCACCUCCUACUGGGCCGGAAGGAUGACGGAAGGGAAGAACGUGAGGUCGGGAAGACUCCGGAGGGAAGAAGAGAACCCGAUGCUCUCCUCGUUCAUCCUGUUGGCAACUUCUUUCCCAAGCCCUUGGAGGCCGAUCUUUGCCCCGGCCCUCUGAUAUCCCUGGGUCUGGGGCCUCAACAGCGUUUAUUGCUUGUCUGCUGUGAGCACUUUUUGGGAACGUUCCCCAGAAGUGAGACUCGGUCGCUUUCCUCAAGAAGCUUAUAAUCUACUACGGGGUAGAAGGGGACACUAGGACAUAACCGUGCCCCCAGCCCUCAAUUGAAAAUCCAGGAGUUUUGCGUGAUCCAGCCAUCACAUCGGUCCACUAAAUCGCUGAGGCAGUUAGCUCAGCUGCCCCAAUCGUGGUAGGAGUGAUUAAAACUAGCAUUUGUUAGGCACUACUGUGUGCAGAACAUUGUACUAAGCACUGAGAAUACACAGGUGGGAAUUAGACACAGUACCCUGGCCCUUGGGCAGUUCCACCCUGAUCUCGGUUCUAAGCAGAGAAGGAUCCAGGCCACGGCAGGGGACGGGGCUGAUCCUGAUUUCUGUCCCUCCAGAUGAGGCCUAUGGUUGCCUGCCCCUGAGAGUUGGCUCUGAGCGGACUGGUGACUCUUGUCAGGUGCCCCAAAGCCGCUGCUGCCGGGAAAGGCGUCGAUGCGAUGAUAAAAAAAAC